AUGCAACCGGUGACAAUGCCUCGUCCUGACCUCGACGAAUUGGGCAUCGCCUACCGCCGUAUCCCACUCAUGGCCAUCGGCCGCGACGUAUACUGUGACACUCGGCUCAUCCUCCGUAAGCUCGAGGAGCGCUUCCCCGACGGGAAGCUCGGAGCGUCGGGCAGCGACCAGAAAGCCAUUGAGCGCCUACUGGACCGCUGGACCACUGACGCCGGGGUCUUCGCACGCGCAGCCACGCUGAUCCCGUCCGAUUCGCCUGCCCUGCAGGAUCCCAAGUUUGCCAAGGAUCGAGAAGACUUCUCGGGGCGCAGCUGGUCGAGGGAGGCCAUGGAGCGCGCGCGGCCGGAGAGUAUCGUCUACGUUCGCGACGCCUUUGCGCUGUUGGAGCACACGCUACUGGCGGACGGACGGGAGUGGAUCCUGAGGACAUCCGCCCCCGGUCUAGCAGACAUCGAAGCAAUCUGGCCGUUCCACUGGCUGGUCGAGAUGAAGGGCGCGCUGCCGGCUUCUGUGAUAUCAGAACAGCACUUCCCCAACGUCUACGCGUGGAUCAAGAGGUUUCGCGAAGCGCUACGCGCGGCCAAGUCGUCGGGGCCCAAUCCCGUCACGCUGAAGGGGGCGCAAGCCGUCUCGUUCGUUGCCGGCGCGAGCCUGGCGGAAUCUGGCGGCCAUGUCGAUGCGGCUGAUCCGUUGGGCCUGGAUAAAGGUCAGGAGGUAGAGGUGUGGCCGAUCGACAGCGGGUUCAAGCACCACGACCGGGGUAGGCUGGUCAGCCUGACACCAGACGAGAUGGUGCUGGCGAGUAGGACAAAGGCCGGCGACAGCGAGGUACACGUUCAUUUCCCGCGGUGGGGUUUCAGGAUAGCGGCGGCGCGGGGGGCGGCAGCCAAGCUGUGA